GCUCGCACGGGAUUGACGAUCCGUCCGGCCAAUAGGGUACGCUCAGUCGGCGGGUGGAUGAACGCGGCCCUCUGUAAUGGCGGAGCGUGGCGGGGACGGGGGGGACGGUGAGCGAUUCAACCCGGGGGAGCUCAGGAUGGCUCAACAGCAGGCCUUGAGAUUCCGAGGCCCGGCUCCCCCACCAAAUGCAGUGAUGCGAGGCCCACCACCUCUUAUGCGGCCUCCUCCACCUUUUGGUAUGAUGCGAGGCCCUCCACCACCACCUCGGCCCCCUUUUGGACGUCCUCCUUUUGAUCCUAAUAUGCCGCCAAUGCCUCCUCCAGGAGGGAUUCCUCCACCUAUGGGCCCUCCGCACCUCCAGAGACCACCUUUUAUGCCUCCACCCAUGGGAACCAUGCCUCCUCCUCCGGGUAUGAUGUUUCCACCAGGAAUGCCUCCUGUGACUGCUCCUGGUACUCCAGCACUGCCUCCUACUGAAGAGAUAUGGGUUGAAAAUAAAACUCCAGAUGGGAAGGUUUAUUAUUAUAAUGCUCGGACACGUGAAUCUGCAUGGACCAAACCAGAUGGAGUUAAGGUUAUUCAGCAGUCAGAACUGACACCUAUGCUUGCAGCCCAGGCUCAGGUUCAGGCCCAAGCCCAGGCCCAGGCCCAGGCCCAGGCCCAGGCCCAGGCUCAGGCUCAGGCGCAGGCACAAGCACAAGCUCAAGCGCAGGCCCAGGCGCAGGCCCAGGCUCAGGCACAAGCACAGGCUCAGGCGCAGGCCCAGGCGCAGGCCCAGGUGCAGGCGCAAGUACAAGCACAAGCAGUAGGAGCUUCCACCCCUACAACCAGUAGCCCAGCACCUGCAGUGUCCACUUCAACAUCAUCAUCCACCCCAUCCUCUACCACUUCUACCACAACAACUGCCUCUUCGGUUUCGCAGACAGUAUCAACACCCACAACACAAGAUCAGACCCCAAGUUCUGCUGUUUCAGUUGCCACGCCUACAGUUAGUGUUUCAACUCCUGCUCCUACAGCCACACCUGUGCAAACUGUUCCCCAGCCGCAUCCCCAGACGUUACCUCCUGCUGUUCCUCAUUCAGUACCUCAGCCAGCAGCAGCAAUACCUGCCUUUCCACCAGUAAUGGUACCUCCGUUUCGUGUUCCCCUUCCUGGCAUGCCAAUUCCACUUCCAGGUGUAGCAAUGAUGCAAAUAGUCAGCUGCCCGUAUGUAAAGACAGUCGCUACCACCAAGACCGGUGUGUUGCCAGGCAUGGCCCCUCCUAUCGUACCUAUGAUACAUCCCCAGGUUGCUAUUGCAGCUUCCCCUGCUACCUUAGCUGGAGCGACGGCAGUUUCUGAGUGGACUGAAUAUAAAACAGCGGAUGGAAAGACCUAUUACUAUAAUAAUAGAACUUUAGAAUCAACCUGGGAAAAACCCCAAGAGCUAAAGGAAAAAGAAAAAUUAGAGGAGAAGAUUAAAGAGCCAAUUAAAGAACCUUCUGAAGAACCUCUGCCAAUGGAGACGGAGGAGGAGGACCCUAAAGAAGAGCCAAUAAAGGAGAUAAAGGAGGAGCCUAAAGAGGAGGAGAUGACUGAAGAAGAAAAGGCUGCCCAGAAGGCAAAGCCAGUAGCUACUACCCCUAUUCCUGGUACUCCAUGGUGUGUCGUUUGGACUGGUGAUGAGCGGGUCUUCUUUUAUAAUCCUACCACCCGUCUUUCUAUGUGGGACCGACCUGAUGAUCUGAUUGGAAGGGCAGAUGUUGACAAAAUUAUUCAGGAGCCUCCUCAUAAAAAAGGAAUGGAAGAAGUGAAGAAACUAAGACAUCCAACCCCCACAAUGCUGUCCAUCCAAAAAUGGCAAUUUUCUAUGAGUGCAAUUAAAGAAGAACAAGAAUUAAUGGAAGAACUUAAUGAAGAUGAACCUGUUAAAGCCAAAAAACGGAAGAGAAUGUCAAAGAAGUCCUUUAUGUGGAUUGCCCGAGCUUCUCUAUUUAGGAGAGACGAUAAUAAAGACAUUGAUUCAGAGAAAGAAGCUGCGAUGGAAGCUGAAAUUAAAGCUGCCCGAGAAAGGGCCAUUGUCCCUCUGGAGGCCCGAAUGAAGCAGUUCAAGGACAUGCUGCUAGAGAGAGGGGUGUCUGCUUUUUCAACAUGGGAGAAGGAGUUGCACAAGAUAGUUUUUGAUCCUCGGUACUUACUUCUCAAUCCUAAAGAGAGAAAACAGGUAUUUGAUCAGUAUGUAAAGACAAGGGCAGAAGAAGAACGCAGGGAAAAGAAAAACAAAAUAAUGCAAGCCAAGGAAGAUUUCAAAAAAAUGAUGGAAGAAGCAAAAUUUAAUCCAAGAGCUACUUUUAGUGAAUUUGCAGCCAAGCAUGCUAAAGAUUCAAGAUUCAAAGCGAUUGAAAAGAUGAAAGAUCGAGAAGCCUUGUUUAAUGAAUUUGUGGCAGCUGCAAGAAAGAAAGAGAAAGAAGAUUCGAAGACCAGAGGUGAGAAGAUUAAAUCGGAUUUCUUUGAAUUGUUAUCUAAUCAUCACCUGGACAGUCAAUCUCGAUGGAGCAAAGUGAAAGACAAAGUAGAAAGUGACCCACGUUACAAAGCAGUGGACAGUUCAUCAAUGAGAGAAGACCUUUUCAAACAGUAUAUUGAAAAAAUAGCCAAGAAUUUAGACUCGGAAAAAGAAAAGGAGCUUGAAAGGCAAGCCCGCAUUGAGGCAAGCCUUCGAGAAAGAGAAAGAGAGGUCCAAAAGGCUCGUUCAGAGCAAACAAAAGAAAUAGACCGAGAGAGAGAGCAACACAAACGAGAAGAAGCUAUCCAGAAUUUCAAGGCUCUUUUGUCUGACAUGGUACGCUCUUCAGAUGUGUCAUGGUCUGAUACUCGGAGGACUCUGCGGAAAGAUCACCGUUGGGAAUCUGGGUCCUUGUUGGAAAGAGAGGAGAAAGAGAAGCUUUUUAAUGAACACAUUGAAGCACUUACCAAAAAGAAGAGGGAGCACUUUAGGCAACUUCUGGAUGAAACUUCUGCAAUUACCUUAACAUCCACAUGGAAAGAAGUAAAAAAAAUAAUUAAAGAAGAUCCUCGGUGCAUUAAGUUCUCCUCCAGUGACAGGAAAAAACAAAGAGAAUUUGAAGAAUACAUCAGAGACAAAUACAUCACAGCCAAAGCUGACUUCAGGACGCUUUUGAAAGAGACCAAAUUUAUAACCUAUAGAUCCAAAAAGCUAAUCCAGGAAUCUGAUCAGCACCUGAAAGAUGUAGAAAAAAUCUUGCAGAACGACAAACGGUAUCUAGUACUAGACUGUGUGCCCGAGGAGAGGCGUAAACUGAUUGUGGCAUAUGUGGACGACCUGGACCGCCGGGGUCCACCCCCACCGCCCACAGCAUCAGAGCCCACAAGACGAUCAACAAAAUAAUUCUCAGUACUCUCUCACAGGGGGAUCUUCAUUCAGAACGCUUGCAUGAGCCAAUUUUCAGGAUUUUACAUGUAUGUGCAUUAGUCAGACUGUUGCAGAGCUGUCUGACAGGCAGGAGGAGAAGCAUUCGUGAACCGUUUCUGAACAGAGAACACUUUGGAAAUAAUUUAUGCUUUUCUUUGUGUGGCAUGACUGACAUACAUACUCAAAUAUAGGCUGUCUCUAGUAAAUCUAAAAUCUCGAAGCUAAAAAUCAUCCUUUUAGGAGGUGUGGAAGUCAGUGACUUUUGGUGACGUUCUUUCUAGCAGUGUUAAACAUGCAAGACGUAAGAGCAUUUGUGGUUUGAACUUGCAAAACGCAAAUACCACAGACUCCAAGAAAACCUAAGUUGGGGGUUGUUUUGUUUUGAUUUUGUUUUUUUAAAGCGGGUAAAAGAGAAAACACUGAAAAUUGAAUUCUUCUCUUCCAGAGGCUAAGAUUAUUAUAAUGGACAUACUUUUACCUUUGUCUCUAAAGAACACUUUAGUUUUGUUUGUUCACUUAUGUGCUUUGAUUAUCCCCUCAGAAUUAGAGGCCAAGUCUUGUUGUUUAGCCUAAGAGAAGAUUUAUUUAGUAAUUUCUUCUCAGGUAUGGAACCAUGGUCAUAACUAACAUGUUGGCCAGAAUAGGACUGCUGGUUAAACACAUUUUAUUUACCAUUAAGUGAUCUUUAUCAAUAUUCUGGAUUAGACAACAAAUUAUCUUUCUUGGGUGUUCCCUGUAAACUAUACUCCUGUUUGAAUGUUAAACUUUUGUUUCUAAAGUUAAUUUUAAGAUGUUUGAAUGUUCAGUUUAUGUAUUUGAACUACAAUAAACCAACCCUUUUUAUAUA